AUGGCCGAUGAAGACCUGGAAUCUAUCGGCCGUCACUGUCAAUUCGAGUACUGCGGCCAGCUUGACUUCCUACCCUUCCGCUGCGAAUCUUGUCGCUCGACUUUCUGCCUCGAACACCGCUCAGAAUCGGCCCACAGAUGUGCCCGCGCAGGGGAAUGGGCCCGUCGAAGAAACAACACCAACAACCAGAACGCCGGUCUGGCCACUGAGAAACCCACCAUCUACAACUCCGACCAAUGCUCCCAUCUCUCCUGCAAGACUCUCAUUAACACCCUCACCGAUCCAGCUGUCCGUUGCCCCAACUGUAACCACCAGUACUGCUUGAAGCACCGCUUACGGGAGGAACAUGACUGUGCCAAGAUGACGCCACUGGGCGCUCGGCCCGGAAACCAGGGUAGCCCCAACGAGACCCUGCGGUCCAUGUUCGCAAAGGUUCGUACCUGGGGUAAGGAUACGAGCAAGGCGGCCACUACGACUUUGACACCGAAACCGAAACCGAAUAGUCCUGCCGCACGGGCAGUGCAGUUAAAUACAAUGAAGAGGUCUGCUAAGGGAGAUGCUGGCGUCCCCGCGGAUAAGCGACUAUACUUGCAUGUGGUCGGGACAUCGGAUACGCAGGCUUCAGACCCACCGCGUGGGGAUUUCUUCUACGAUUCAAGGUGGAAGGUUGGUCGAGUGUUGGAUGAUGCUGCGCGGCGGUUGCAUGUGGAGAACUUGAACAACCGUGUUGGCGAGGAUGGCCGGUUACGGCUCUUCCAUGUUGAAUCGGGGGAGUUUUUGGAGUUUUCUGAUGCUAUCGGCAUGGAAAAGGUGAAACAGGGCAAUACAAUCGUUAUGCUAAGGGGGGCCGGAGUUAUGCUGGGGAAGGAGUGA